GUGAUUAAUACCCUCCCAUCAACUUGAUUUAGGAUUCAUCACCGUUUUCUGUCAGAAAUCCCGUGUGGAGGAGAAUGUCAGUGAGUUCCUCCCUUCAUCACAGGAUCAGGACACACGGAGACCAGGACGACAGCGGGGAUGACUGGGAGAUCGGGGUUGGGAAUCUGAUCAUCGACCUGGACGCGGAUUUGGAGAAGGAUCGACAGAGAUUGGAGAUGAAUCGCGUUUUAAGCGUUAAAAGCACGACGGAAGGUCGCGAUCAAGAGCUCGAGUAUAAUUGCGCGGGCGCGGGCCUUGCGCACGCCGAGCUCCCGUUCCUCUGCAAGGAGCCCAAGAAAUUCAAGCUGAAACGAAGGAAUUGUGAGAGAGAGAUUGUGAGCGGAAUUCCUAAAGUGUGCGUCGGAAAGCGUCGCGAGGCUCAAGGACGCGUCGCGGAGAUGAAUUCAGCACCAGGGGACAGCAGCCCCGACGCGGGCGCAAGAGCCAGCAAAGACGCAAAGAAAGGCAAAACCCAGAGCAAAGGAGUGAGGAGAGAGAAGGAGCAGGCGAGGACUCGGAAAGAGAAGCACGGGGAUGAGUUCGGCCCGCUUCCCGAGAACGGAACCGAGAGUCUCGUUUGCAGAGGCGGAAUGGACGCGGCUAUUGUUGAACACAUUGACGACACGAGCUCGUUGAGUGUUAAGACACGGUCAGUCGGAACAAACACACACGAAGCCGAGAAAGCCCUCGAGUCCAGCUACAUGGAGCCAUGUCAACCCGGAACGAGUGUCAAUCUGGAGGGUAUUGUGUGGCAUGAGACUGAGGAAGGGGUUCUAGUUGUGAACGUCACAUGGAGAAAAAGGACCUAUGUGGGAACUCUCUUGGACUGUACCAAGCAUGACUGGGCUCCACCACGGUUUUGUGAGUCACCAAUGAGUGACUCUGAAAUGCCUUGUGGACGUGGACGUGGUAAACGGAUGCGUCUUGGCAUACCAGAUCAACCAUCUGACCCAAGUCUUUCCAAGAUACGAGGACUAAGUCACAAGAGGCGUGGUGUGGGAAUCGGCAGCAAAGGAAGACGAGGGAGUCUGAACCUCAGUGGCUGUAGAACACCUGGAUACUACGUGGAGGACAUCAAAUCCAAUCCACUUAUAUGCGGAAAAAGAAAAAGCAAAGCCCCAGCGGAUCUAGAUUUGAGCUUGGUCUCGGAGGACAUUCGGAAUGGGAAUGGGAAAAGGAUACGAGCCAAAUCCAGGAGUGCUCCUUCCACCCCUCAGGGUAAAUCCGACCCGGUGUUUCUUGAUCAGGUUUGCGCCUCCCCGAUGCUAAUAGACUGUCCACAUCCGAACUGCAACAAGAAGUACAAACAUAUCAACGGGCUCCGCUACCACCAGUCACACGCUCACCUGAACAAUGACAGCAAGCAAGAGUUUGAGGUGGAAAGCGAAGACAGACUUUCAGAUUUUGAUGAGGCACUCAGCUCUGUACCUUUUGAUUCGUCUGAGAACAUCGUCUCCAAGAAGCCCAGAAGCAUUUAUAAACUCAAUGCAGUCGGUUCUCCAAAGAGCAGGAAAGCAUUGCUCAACAAUGAUAGCAGUCCCAUGGCUAAUGCAAAAAUACGCCAGAACUUGACAAGUAAGGAUGGAUCCAUAGACGAUCUGAGCAACCUCCCACUCAUUUCCAACAUGUCUGUCGUCCUUGAGAACUGCCUCAUGACGGAUCGUAACACAUCUGUCGAGAUGCCUAAGCUUGAAGCGGAGGGUGCUAUUGAUAAGAGGGACAUCUGUAGCAAAGUAAAGAAAGAAAGUGGGUUCGCUGAGAGAUGCUCGGCUAAGUCUAGGACCAAUAGACUCAUCAACGCUGCUCCUGCUCCUCCGAAGCUGACCGCUAUUCCCCCCGCUGCAUUUUCUACUAAAAUCCCGGACGUUUCUUCUCAUCAGGCUUCUCCAACUGUUACCCUCACAAAAACCAAGAACCUCUCCCUGAAACCCAUUAAGCCAAAGCUGGACAUUAUUGCACAAGUUAACAUGGCCAACACCACCGCAGUCCUGAGCAAAGACAGCAAGAGAAAGGAAAAGCAUCGGUUAAAGGACAGGAAUUGCAAGAGUCCCAAAAGCGACCCGAUUUACACCAAAACGGACGAUGCCAAGAGCAUCGGGAAAGACUUUCCUGUAAGCCUCUUGAAAGAGCACUUGAGCAAGCAAGAUGUGGUGAACGGUCCAGGUGAAACGCAGGAGAGCCGCAUGGCGAGUAUCAGAGCCGAGGCCGACAAGGUGUACACCUUCUCAGACAACGCACCGAGUCCUUCCAUCGGGAGCUCUGCGAGAAUGGACUGUGGCCCUCUUACAAACGGUGACGGAGUUGGAGUGGCUGCUAAAACAAACAGUCCUGCAUACUCCGACAUAUCCGAUGCCGCCGAGGACGGUGGAUCCAACUCGAGAUCUAGAAGGAACUCCACACAAGAUUCGAACGCCAACAUCAAUCCCAAAAUUCCCAAUGCUGGCACGGUGACCCCAGGAAAAGAGGUCCAGUCCACAUCUCAUGGCCAUGGAUAUGAAUCCCAUUGUAUCCCAGGUUACAUGCACUCUGGGCAAGCCAAUUCCACACCGUUCCAUAAGGUGGCCUCACCUUACGGUCGACCGAAGGAUGACUUGAGAGAUUCAAGUGAGGAUGUAAAAAGCUCAGAAUCGUCGAGCCACUCAAGUUCCCAAUCGCAGCUUCAGUACGCCGAAACGCACACAGCGCUGGCUCAGUCCUUGUAUUACGGACAGUACAGCCGGGGUGUUCCCGUGGACCAGAAGGUUCUGAUGAUGCCCGGCUCCCACAGGCCGCUCAGUGAGGCGUGCUGUGAGGAAAUACAGUAUAGCAAGCAGAGUAGAGGUCAAGUUAGGCGAGGAUCUGAGCAAAAGGAACGAACGAAGGAUGAGCAAAAACAGUUUAUGAGCUCUCCUCAGUCGAUUCAUAAGGGGGCAAACUCUGUUAAAAUUAGCUGUGCGAAACCUGGCUUCAUCUAUGUGGAGUUGGACAAGCAGCUGUCAUUUCAGCAGCAGCAGCAGCAGCAGCAGCAGGGAAAGCCGUCUCAUGUCCAUGCCAUGACUAAAGAACAAGGGGUCCUCAAGGAAUCUGAAGACCUCAGUUUGGAGAGUUCAAACUCAAAAUCAAAUGUGGACACAAAUGUAACAUUUCUAAAUGCUUCAGAGUCUCAGUCCUGGAGCCACUCUUAUCAGUCCAAAUAUGUGAAGCAGCAAAAUCAAGAGGUCAACAAGAUCUCUGAGGAAAUGAUUCUCAGUCCAGACAAGGGGAAAGACUGGCACAUGCCUGUAGAGUCCGAGUCCAGGCUGGAGACUGAACUCCAGAACGUCAAGUGUGAGACGGCUGCCGAGGUCUCCGAGGAAAGUACCAGAGCGGAUGGGGACGAGAUUGUGGACGAGAUGUCUGAAGACUCGCAGACCGCGAGAGGGUCCGCGUCGUCACCCCAGCAAUCCUUCCUCCAGUUUCAACACUCCUACCCCUAUUUACACCUGUGUGAGGCGAGCAGCAAUGCGUACAGGGUGAUGUCUCCAGCUCUGGUGCACAAUUACCCAGGUUUCCAUUACCCUCUGUAUGGAAAGACAGCUGGGAGAGAGGAUUCAGAAGCAGCUCAAAGCAGCAAACCAGUGACAGAUUCGACAGCAUUAGAGCUUCUGUCGCAUCCUCUCCUGCCUUAUCAUGGCAAAUCUCCUGUUCCGGGAGAACGAGGAUCUCCGGAGCAGGAGCGAGACACUGAGCGCGAGAGAGAAGCGGUCCCGUACGGACGCCACCUCCAGACACAUCACCUCACACACCUGGGCAUGAGCUACACACUGGUGUCUGGCCAGUACGACCCCUUCCAAGGUUUGAGCUCAGCGGCUCUGGUUGCGAACCAGCAAGUGACGACAACACAAACCUGUUCCAGCGAAAACGAGGGUAAGAUGUGAGACGUUCCCGACGCACACGAGGACUCACACACACACACACACACACACACACACACACACCGACUCCGUGUGUUCUCCUCUGGGAACGCGGAUGGUUUCAUGAAUGUAGGAACGGAGGAGUUUGCAGUGAAGAAAGCCUGUAAAUGCUCCAUCUUGCUGUUUGUAUGCACUUAUAUCGUUGUGUAACCAUAAUGUUGAAUGUAUUUGCUCUCUCUUCACCUCUAAAGGACGGGUUGCAAUAGAUUACAAGUGACUGUAAGUACGGUGGCUCGCUCUGCAUUGACUUAUUAACAUGAAUAUACUGUUAUUAACAGCCAUUAAUCUAUUGUAUCGUGUAAAGUGGAUGUUCAUCGACUGCUCAUCUCAGUGCCAUACAGUAUUAUCGUGAUGUACAGUUGUACAGUUUACCGAAGCGACUAUAACGAGCUUAUGUACCUUUGUAUCGAUGAGUGCAAUGUGUGGCCGCUGUUCCCUAGUGA